CUGGCCCACGCCAACGUGGUGGUGUGCAGCUACCAGUGCCUGCUGGAGCCCAAAAUCCCCUCUGGGAACCCCAAAACCACCCUGGCCCACGCCAACGUGGUGGUGUGCAGCUACCAGUGCCUGCUGGAGCCCAAAAUCCCCUCUGGGAACCCCAAAACCACCCAAACCCCCCCAACCCCGCAGCUGGCCCACGCCAACGUGGUGGUGUACAGCUACCACUACCUGCUGGACCCCAAGAUCGCGGGGCUGGUGUCGGCCGAGCUGGCGCGCUCCUCGGUCGUGGUGUUCGACGAGGCGCACAACAUCGACAACGUCUGCAUCGAGGCCAGAGUGACCAUCACCCGCCGGACGCUUGACCGCUGCCAGGCCAACGUGGCCGCGCUGCAGAGCCACGUCCAGCGGAUCAAGGAGUCGGACUCGCGCCGCCUGGCCGAGGAGUACCGGCGCCUGGUGCAGGGGCUGCGCGAGGCCGGCGCCGCCCGCGACUCCGACCUGUUCCUGGGGAACCCCGUGCUGCCCGACGAGAUCCUGCGGGAGGCCGUCCCGGGCAGUAUCCGCACGGCCGAGCACUUUGUGGGGUUCCUGCGCCUGGUCGAGCACCUGCGGGCGCAGCUCCGGGGACCCCGGGUGCAGCAGCUGAGCCCCCCGGCCUUCCUGCGGGAGCUGCGGGACAGGGUCUGCAUCGACCGCAAGCCCCUCAGGUUCUGUGCCGAGCGCCUGCACUCCCUGCUCCGCACCCUCGCCCUCCCCGACGUCGCCGAUUUCUCCCCCAUCACCCUGGUGGCCAACUUCGCCACCCUGGUCAGCACCUACAGCAAAGGUUUCACCAUCAUCAUCGAGCCCUUCGACGAUCGCACCCCGAGCAUCGCCAACCCCGUGCUGCACUUCAGCUGCCUGGACGCCUCCAUCGCCAUCCGGCCGGUGUUCGAGCGCUUCCAGUCGGUCAUCGUCACCUCGGGGACCCUGUCCCCGCUGGAGUUUUACCCCAAAAUCCUGGGAUUCAGCCCCGUUACCAUGGCAACCUUCAGCAUGACCCUGGCCCGCACCUGCCUCUGCCCCAUGAUCGUGGGCAGAGGCAACGACCAGGUGGCCAUGAGCUCCAAGUUCGAGACCCGCGAGGACAUCGCGGUGACCCGGAACUACGGGCAGCUGCUGCUGGAGCUCUCGGCCGUGGUCCCCGACGGCCUCGUGGCCUUUUUCACCAGCUACGUCUACCUGGAGAGCACCGUGGCCUCGUGGUACGAGCAGGGCAUCCUGGAGAACAUCCAGAGGAACAAGCUGCUCUUCAUCGAGACCCAGGACGGGGCUGAGACCAGCGUGGCCCUGGAGAAGUACCAGGAGGUGCUGGGGGGGCGUGGCGAGAACGGCCGCGGGGCCGUGCUGCUCUCAGUGGCGCGCGGCAAAGUCUCCGAGGGCAUCGACUUCGUCCAUCACUACGGCCGGGCCGUGAUCAUGUUCGGGGUCCCCUACGUUUACACCCAGAGCCGAAUCCUCAAGGCCCGGCUGGAAUUCCUGCGGGAGCAGCUCCAGGUGCGCGAGGGCGAGUUCCUCACCUUCGACGCCAUGCGGCACGCGGCGCAGUGCGUGGGGAGAGCCCUCAGGGGGAAAACUGACUACGGGCUCAUGGUGUUCGCUGACAAGCGCUUCGCCCGGGCCGACAAGCGGGGCAAGCUGCCGCGCUGGAUCCAGGAGCACCUGCCCGAGUCCCACCUGAACCUGACGGUGGACGAGGCCGUGCAGGCGGCCAAGCGCUUCCUGCGCCAGAUGGCCCAGCCCUUCCGCCAGGAGGACCAGCUGGGGCUGUCGCUGCUGACCUGGGAGCAGCUCCAGGCCGGGGAGGUUCUGCAGCGGAUCCAGGGGAUCUCCCAGCAGGUCUGACCCGCCCGGGAUCCACCCGGGAUCCACCCCCGGGAUCCACCCAGGAGUCUGCUCGAGAUCCGCCCGGGAUCCUCCCAGGAUUUUGACCGGGAUCUGCCUGGGAUCCACCCCAUGAGACACCUGGGGUCUUCCUGGGAUCCACCCAGGACUCGACCUGCUUCUGCCUGGGAUCCAGCCAGGAUUCUGCUCAAGAUCCACCCGGGAUCCACCCAGGAUUCUGCUCGGGAUCUGCCUGGGAUCCACCCAGGAUCCAGUCUGGGACCUGCCCGGGAUCCACCUUUGGGAUCUACCCAGGAUCCACCCCCGGGAUCCACCCGUUAUUCUGAUCAAGAUCCACCUGGGAUCUGCCUGGGAUCCACCCAGGGCUUUGACCUGAUCCAGCCUGGAAUCCACCCCUGGGAUCCACCCCCGGGAUCCACCCAGGAGUCUGAUCAAGAUCCACCGGGAUUUGACCGGAAUCCACCCAGGACUCUGACCUGAUUCUGCCUGGGAUCCACCCAGGAUUUUGACCUGGAUCUGCCUGGGAUCCACUCCACGAGACACCUGGGAUCCACCCAGGAUUUCGACCCGAUUCUGCUUGGGAUCCACCCCCGGGAUCCACCCAGGAUUUUUUAUCAGGAUCCACUCCAGAAUCUGCCCAGGAUCCACCCAGGAUUUUGACCGAGAUCCACACGGGAUUCACCCCUGGGAUCCACUGAAGAUCUACCUGGGAUCCACCCCGGCUUCCACCCAGGAUUUUGAUCAGGAUCCCCCCAGGAUCUGCCCGGGAUCUUCUCGGGAUCCACCCAGGACUUUGACCUGAUUCUGACCAGGAUCCACCCAGGAUCUGUCCCGUGAUCUCGGGAUCCACUCAGGAUCCAGACCAAGAUCACCCCAGGAUUUUUGAUCAGGAUCCUCCCAGGAUCUACCUGGGAUCAACUCUGGAAUCUGCCCGGGAUCCACCCAGGACUUUGACCUGGUUCUGCCCGGGAUCCACUCAGGGAUCCACCCCCUGGAUCCACCCAAGAUUUGACCGGCAUCAGCCCAGGAUCCACCCGGGAUCUGUCCCAGGAUCCACUGAGGGUUCUGACCAAGAUCACCCUGGGAUCCACCCAGGAUUCUGACCAGGAUCCACCCAGGAUUUACCUGGGAUCCAUUUGGGAUCCACCCAGGACGUCGACCUUAUCCUGCCCGGGAUCCACCCAGCAAUUCUCUGGGAUCUCCCCGGGAUACACCCAGGAUUUCGACUGGAUUGUGCCUGGGAUCCACUCGGGAUCCACCCAGGAUUCUGACCAGAAUCCACCCCCAGGAUCCACUCAAGAUUUACCCAGGACCAGCCCAGGAUCCACCCAGGAAUUCUCUGGGAUCUCCCUGGGAUCCACCCAGGAUUUCUCUGGGAUCUCCCUGGGAUCCACCCAGGAUUUCGACCUGAUUCUGCCCGGGAUCCCUCCGGGAUCUCUCAGGGGGGAGGGAACGGGAUCUGGAUCCACCCAGGUGGGGUCUGGACCCCCCCAAAACACCCAAAGGGGGGAGUGGAUCCCUCCUUGGAGUGGAUCCCUCCUUGGGAUCCGCUGGGAUCUGGACCCCCCCAAUGCACCAGAGCGGGACCGGAUCCCUUGGGGGGAGGGGAUCUGCCCCCCCCCGGGUGGGAUCUGGACCCCCCAGCCCCCAGGGAUCCCCCCAGAUCCCCCCCCGGAUCCCCCAUUGCUGUAAAUCCCCUCCCCCCAAUAAAAGCAGAUUUCAGAUCUCCCCUCCCCCCACUUCUUUAACCC